AUGCAUUAUCUGCAACGAACAAUCCCAGACCUAGCGUCAUUCCGUCUUGCUUAUCGGUUUAUCAAGAUCUGGGCCCAGAGACGCGGGAUCUACUCGUCCAAGCUGGGCUAUCUAGGUGGAAUUCACAUUACCUUGCUCUUGGCGCGUAUUUGUACACUCUCAUUCCGCCAGGCCGGCACCAUCUCAGCAGCGGACAUCAUCACCACGUUCUUCAAACACUAUGCACAGUUCAACUGGGAAAAACAGGUCGUCUAUGAUCCCAGCUUUUACAAGUCGCCACCGCGAUACUUCCGACCUCAAAGGGAGCCUUUGGUGAUCCUUAGCCAGCACCAACCGAAAGUCAACGUUGCGCGUGCGGCCUCCAUUCCUUCAACGAGAACACUUGUGCAAGAAUUUCAACGGGCAGAUAAGCUGCUGUCACAACAGGAUGUUACCUGGGAGCAGUUGGCUGGGUCUAUUGAAAACUCCACAGGUGCAGACGAGUUCCUCAAAUCAUAUCGAAGCUACGCAAAGGUUAACGUCCAAUACUGGGGCGGUGCAGCGACCAAGGGCAGGAUGCUUGUCGGGUGGUUGGAGUGGCGAUGCGUAUCGCUUCUCGUUGGUAGAUUACACCCAUUACCCACUUUUCAGCGCCAUAUCCAUCGAAAGUUCCCUGAUAUCCACGCCCGGAUCUGGCCGGCUCGGUUUACAGAUAUGGAAGAAGUUGGCGAGACUACCAAGGAAUAUCAAGGUUGCUAUUUGAUUGGUCUGACUAGGGAGAGUACGCCCGGGGCAACGCCAUUAAGCGAUGCCGACCGACAAUCGGCCCAUAUCUCCCUCUUGGCCGUGCUGAAUAGCUUUGCAGAGCAAAUCCGUGAAGACGAGAACUACUUCGACAGCUCCUCUAGCUGGGUUGAUGUUAGCCUAGUCCAGCCUUCUGCACUCAGCGGUCUUCGGGUCGAUAUUUCGAACUGGGGAAAUGGAGCUUACGAUGAAGCGUCAUUCGACGAUGAUGAAGAUGAGAUUGAGCUUGAGGAUGAAGAAGAUGAAGAAUUAGUGCAAGCACGUCUGCGGACCAUGCCUAUCCGUGGCACAAAGGCCGUCGCGAUGCCCGAAGGGGCAAAGCUACGAUCCGCUAGUGAUGUCCUAAACCGACUUCGCUGGGAUGCAGAAUUCGAUAUUGAGAAUUACAUUGUUGGUUAUGAUGAUCGCUUCCUUGGAGAGAGGGAGAUGCCGGUGGGGCAGUGGAAGGCUGAUCUGACGGAUGAAGCGUUUAUCCCCAUGCAUCGGAUUCUGUACUUCAAGAGGAAGAGUGAUGGAGUGAAGGUAUGGGAUCGGGAGACGAGGACAGAUUUAUUGUUCGGUAGUGGUGUGUCGAGUAAGGUCCAGGAAUGA